AUGGAAAGGGUAGGCACUGGACGGGUGGAGAGAGGAGGGGGAGAGGGAGUGUGGCCAGAUUGGAUCGUGGGACGAAAUUGGUCCUCAGGCCCUGGGUGCCCGGGACGUGGGAGAGGGUGCUCGAGGGGUGUACGUGGAGGGGGGUGCGGUGAGGCCGAAGGCAGCCAGGGGCCAUCCAGACCCUGGGGGCGCAGCAAGCCCGAGACUCCUGGCGACCCAACGGCACCGCCGACCGAAGCCCAGCCCACCUCGCUUCUGGGGAGGCGUUUCCCUUCCCCGCAUGGACGCGGCUGUCUGUGGGCGCUAGGGGCAGGGGUGACAAGAGCAGGUCGCGAGCCGGCGCAGCGUGGGACCGAAGGGGAGAAGGACGCCUGCGGCCCGGCGCGUCCCCGGAGGCACGUUCCCCGCCAGGGCUCCGCGGCCCCGGCGACCGCGCGGGGCUCCCCCUCUACGGCUCCCGCCCCACUGGGGGACCGCGACGGCCUGCUCCCGGGCUCGGGGCUCCGGGUGGAGAAGAGCGCGGAAGUGCGCACUAGCCCGACACGGGAGGGCCGCUGCCUCCCCAGGCGCCUGAGACACCGGCCCGCAGCCCCCACCCGGGCCCUCGGGCCCCGCCUGCGUUUCAGCGCGCUGAGGAUGCAGCACCCCCGAGGCGCGACCAGGUCCCCGAAGCCCGGCGUCGGCCCAACCCGGAGGAGGCAGCAGCAGUCACGGGCACGCUUCCCCAACCCACACUCCCACUCCAGCUCAGGGUCAGGACACCCACGUCCGGCCGGGGCAGGGGCGGCUCCGACCACGGGAGAAGCAGCUUUUCUUCCGCCGGCGGUGCUCUCUGGAGGUCUCGCCCCGGCGCCGCCUCCUCCAGGCAGUCCUCUAGAUUGCAUUGGCCGUGGGCCUGGACGCUGCUCCCGGGGGCAGCCCCCGGCCAGGGCCAGGCACACCCGAUUCCUGGAGCUUCCUAGGUGCCUCUAAGCCCGCGGCCAGCGCACUCUCGGGUU